AUGCCUCCGCGACUAAACAUCCCACCUGUUACCCGUGUGGUACUCGUAGUCUUGCUUCUACAGUCCGUCUUAAGUGCUGCCGUGCGCUACCGCCAGUGGUCUGCGCAUUCCGAAAUCGUCGUCGAAUGGCUGACACUCAUACCUCAACUAUCGCUGUUCUAUCCUUGGACGUUCUUAACGGCUACUCUAGUCGAGAACAAUAUCUUUACGUUAGCGAUUGCUGGUCUGACCCUUUACCAUGGAGGGAAAUACCUGGAAAGAGCUUGGUCUUCAAGGGAAUUCGCUAAAUUCCUACUUGUGGCAUCUCUGAUACCCAAUACUUUAACUUUUUUGAUUCUCGUCACACUGUUCACUAUCACUCGCAACGAGAGAUGGACGUUGACAACUAUUGCUGGCACGAUACCCCUUCAGAUCUCCUUCCUUGUCGCUUUCAGCCAACUCGUUCCCGCGCAUACCGUUACCCUCUUCCGAGGUGUUUUGUCUUUGCGCGUACCGAAGUUUCCCCUCAUAUACAUCGGCAUUGUUGCUGUGUUGUCCUUGACUCCGUUGCUUACGAGCGCUUCCUUAUUCUUAUCCAUAUUCGGUCUCCUUGCUAGUUGGACGUAUUUACGAUUCUAUAAGACGAUUUUUCCGGAUCUCGAUUCUUCGCAACCGACAUCUAUGCGUGGGGAUGCGAGCGAGACGUUUGCUUUUGCUGAAUUCUUCCCAGGACCAGUUAAGCCAUUCGUUUCCGCGAUUACCGAACCGAUUUUCAACCUGUUGGUAGCAAUGAGGAUAUGCACACCUUUCUCACAGGCUGAUAUCUCCGCUGCGCAAGGCGGUAACUUCAUACAGCGUAGCGGCCAUGGAGGUGUUAGAGCUGAAGCUGAAAGACGGAGAGCCUUGGCUCUAAAAGUACUUGACCAACGUCUCCACGCUGCCACCGCGGGACCUAGCAGUGGCUCACGAAGUCAAUCACAGCCUCCUAACCAGCCAGGCGGCUCGGGGGCACAUACGCAUCAGCAGCCGAACGCUCAGGCUGCGAUGACAUCACAGCCCAACACCGUGUUGGGAGAGACAAAUUAUAACCCUGAUCAUGAUCAUACCGACAAGAGCGACUCUUGA